CAUACAGAUUCACCCAAACACCCUGUACACCAUUCAAUUCAUACCCAAAAAUAAACCUUUUAUUUUUUAGUGAAAAACAUUUAAUUAAUUUACUCAGAGAAUAAUAAUAUACCACUCAUAUUCACGUGUAAAGUUCACCUAUAGUUUCCCCCCUAUAUAUAUAAUAAGGGAUCUACCUAGUUUUUAUUUAUAAAAAUAAAUUGUUCUCUGCUGCUAGAGAAUUCUUUCCUGUCCAACACUCAUCAUCUCAUAACUCUCCACCAUCUAUAAAGGUGUUUUAUAUUUGUAUUCCAAAAGCAUAGGAUCAAAGGAAAGCCACAUAAAAGUGAUCCUCAAUUAUCAUCAAUCAGAAAACAGAAAACAGAAAACAGAAAACAUGUUGCUAAGAAGCUCUUCAACACCAGUUCUUGGUUCCCUUCUCUCUUCCUUCGCAGAUACUCCUACUCAUCAUCAUACUAAUGCUACUAUUCACCCUGAAGCUUGUUGUCAUGCACUUAAGCAUCUACCACCAUCAACCACUUCACUCCAACAUCACAAACUCAAUCUCUCAUGCACUUCUUCUCCAAUUUCCCCUUCCAUUGCUGAUCUUGAGCACAAAAACAAAGGCUUUAGAAGAGUUCAAUCUGAAGGGAACUUAGAAGACUUAGCCUUUGCUACUUGUUGUAACAAUGAAGAUAGAUUCAAUUAUAUGGACCCUUUAAAGAAGUAUUCAGUGAGACAAAGAGGCUUGGCAUUGGAGACUAUUCCAUCUUUCUCUCUUUCUAAGCAAACAGGCUUGCGUGAAGAAGAGGAAGAUGAAGAAGAUGUGGAAAGUGAUUUUGAAGAUGAGGACUAUGAGUUCAGUGUGGUGAAUAGUGGUGGCAGUGAUAUGAUUCUGACUGAAGAAGUGAAGAUGAGGGAUAGACUUAGCAGGAUGAAUUUUGGUGAGGAGGGAGAAAUUGGUAAUAAUGAAGAAAUGUAUCUUGCAAAGGGGCUUGGUGUUGAUGUGUGUGGUGAUGGCAUAGGUGGCUGCAGAGGUGGCAAUGGAGGUGGUGAUUAUAAUUUUAUGGGUUCUGGAGGGAAUGAUGGAGAAAAUAAUCAUGGGGUGGAAGAAUAUUACAAGAAAAUGGUAGAAGAAAAUCCUGGGAACCCAUUGUUUCUGAGGAAUUAUGCUCAGUUUUUGUAUCAGUGCAAACAAGACCGUGAAGGAGCUAUGGAGUAUUAUUCCAGAGCCAUACUAGCAGACCCAAAAGAUGGAGAACUUCUAUCACAGUAUGGGAAGCUAGUUUGGGAGCUACAUCAUGACCAAGAAAGAGCCUCUAGAUAUUUUGAACGAGCAGUUCAGGCCUCUCCUGAAGACAGCCAUGUACAAGCAGCAUAUGCAAGUUUCCUUUGGGAUACAGAGGAAAACGAGGAUGCAGGUUGCAAUCAGCCACAAUGUUUACCUCCACAUUUCCAUCUAGGAGCUAUGGCAACCACAGGUGCUUAGAAGAGAUAUGAUAUGAUGAAUUGAUGAAGAAGUUUCUGCUGAGAGAAACAAGCGCAUUCUAUUCUAAUAACUGAAAUCAGAAACUGAUGUGUAGCUUUGUGUUUCUUCAGCACAGUAUGUACAAAUUAUUUAGAAAUGCCAAGUUUGUAAGCAAACCGUCAAUCUAUUAAAUGUCAUAUUUGGAGACCGGCUCUAAUACUUAA